GCCAAACCGUGGAUUUCGCUGACACAAGGACGAUACGGGCCUGGGCAUCAUAGGUACUCUUUGGUACAAGUAACACAUCGGAAAGAGCGCCGCCAUGGCGUUCGCACGCCCAUCGGCGUCGGACGUGUCGUACCUGCAGGCGCGCGUGUCGGGCUACACGGGCCGGGCGCGCGCCUCAUCGGCCCUGCUGCCGGGCCUGGCGCCGGCGCGGCGCGACCUGACCGCCGAGCUGGAGCAGCAGGCCACCGCCGGCACUGCGCUGCGGGUGUUUCUGCGCGUGCGGCCCCAGCUGGACGGCGACUGUGGCGAUGAUACCGACGCUGUGACGAGCCGUGUGCUGGAAAUACCUAAUAACGUGCACCUGGUGAUGAAUGCUCCCAAAGACUCGGCCACGUACAAGAACGGAAUGAACGGCAACGGCAAACUGGCACACCGGUACACCUUCACCCACAUCUUCCGUCCCGAGACGAGUCAGCAGCAGCUGUUCAACCAGACGACGCUGAACCACAUCACCGAGUUCAUCAACGGCCACAGCUGCCUGCUCUUCACCUACGGGGCCACCAACUCCGGCAAGACGUACACUGCUCAGGGCUCGCCGGAGCAGCCGGGCCUGCUGCCGCGCGCGCUCGACGUCAUCUUCAACUCGGUGGGCGACCAGCUGUACGCCCGGCUGGACAUCCAGCCGCGCGGCUUCGGCGAAGUGUGUCGCGUCUCGGCGCGCGACGAGCAGGCGGCGCAGCGUCUGAAACGCGACACGCUGCGUCUGGGCUGUCAGCCGGAGUCGGCCGAGCUGGGCGCCUCGCACGGCUCCGAGGACAGUCUGGCCGCCAGCUCGCUCUACCGCAGCCAGGAGAGCCUCGCCGGCUCCAUGGAGUCACUGAGCGACCUCAAGUGUCCGGAGAUCGAGGCCCGGUGUCGGGAACCGGCCUCGGUCAGCAUGGAGAACCAGCGGGAGACCAGGUUCUCGGUGUGGGUCUCGUUCGUGGAGAUCUACAACGAGUACGUCUACGACCUGCUGGAGAAGAUCCCGUCCUCCCAGAAGCGACGCACCGUUCUGCACCUCGGCCUGGACAAGAAGGGCAACACCUUCGUCAAAGGGCUGCGUCACGUGCAGGUCCGCACCGCAGACGAGGCCUGCCAGGUGCUGCGCGCUGGCCGGCAGAACCUGCACUUCGCCUCCAACCGGCUCAAUCACAACUCGAGCCGCUCGCACUGCGUCUUCACCGUCAAGUUGAUCCGCAUGCUGGACACGGACAACCCCAGCGUGGCUCGCAUCAGCAUGCUAUCGGUGUGUGACCUGGCCGGCUCUGAGCGGGUGGAGAAGACCCUGGCAUUGGGCCAGCGCAUGAAGGAGGCCGGCAACAUCAACACCUCGCUGAUGGUGCUCGGUCGCUGCAUGAAGGCUAUGAGACAGAACCAGACGAAGACGGCGGCGGCGGCGGCGGGCGGCCCGGCCCUGGUGCCGUACCGGGACAGCAAGCUGACGCGGCUGUUCCAGUCCUACUUCUGCGGCCAGGCGGCGCGCGUCACCAUGAUCGUCAACGUCAGCCCCAGCCCGGUCGUGUUCGACGAGACCAUCCAGGUGCUCAAGUUCUCAGCGCUCGCCAAACAGGUGUCGAUCCAGCCGGUGGAGAAGCGGCGCGCCCCGUCGCGCUUCUCCACCAUGGUACGCCGCUCGGUGCAGGUGGCGGCUGCCGCCGUCGGCGCCGCCAUCGGCCGGCCGCGGCCGCUGCUGGACGUCACCGCGCUCGACGAGACGCAGGGGGACGAGCACCAGAACCUGCUGGACCUGGUGGAGAAGCUGCGCCACGAGCUGGUGGAGACGAAGCGGGAGAACGCCGGCCUGGAGGCGCGCAUCCGCCAGGAGCUGUGCGAGGAGUUCGCCCAGCACAUGGUCCAGAUCGAGAAGGACUGGCAGGACCGCAUGCAAGAGACGGAGCGCUACAUGGAGUCACGCGCGGAGCUCCAGAUGAACGAGGUGGCCAAGAGCCUCAGGGCCAAGUACUCGCGCAAGCGGCGGCGCACAUCCGCCAGCGACGACGACGGGGGCGACGCGGACGAGGCGGACGACGACGAGGCCGACGAGCUGGCCGAGGCGCAGGAGCGAGCCCCGGACGUGUUCAGCCAGCGCCGGUCCGUGCCGUACCGCGGUCAGCAGUGGCUGCACGGCAUCCGGAUGUAG